UGUCACCAACAUUAAAAUGCUGCUACCCUAAACGAAUUUGUUUAAAAACGCAAAAUAUAAAAGACAUUAAAUAGUCAAAUUACAACUUUUUGGUGUAACAAAUGCAGAAAAAUUAAAAAUUUUUUAGUGGCCACUAGAGAACGCAACAAAAAAAGAGAGAAAGUAGCAUCUUUUAUCUCUUGUUAGUGUGACAUAACCUCAAAUACUUAGUUUUUCAAAUUAUGAAGAAUUUCCAAUUUUCAUGGCAAACCCAAAGAGCCCCGAGGCCCGUCAGGCUUACCUUGACCAAAAUCCCUUCGAAGGUUUCAAAAUCGACGAUAAUUCAGUUUUAGGGAGAAUAAGUGGACGCCACGCUUGCCCCAAAUGUAACAAAUCGAGGAAAUUCUUCUGCUACUCCUGCUACGUACCUAUUGCUGAAUUGGAGGGUGUGCUCCCUGUUGUGCAGUUACCGAUCAAAAUCGACAUCAUUAAACACAGGCAUGAAAUUGAUGGUAAAAGCACUGCGGGACAUGCUGCAGUUUUAGCCCCCUAUGACGUGUCAAUUUACACAUAUCCUGAAAUCCCGGAUUAUUCCGGUGAAAACGUAGUCCUCAUCUUUCCCAGCCAACACGCCAUCAGUAUUAGUCAAUUAGUGAAGCAGGAAAGCUACGAUUGUGUAAAAAAUAGCAAUUCGCCUUUAGAAGAGUUACCAAAGGGGUUAAAUCGCACCACUUUAAUGAAAAAUGUCCUAAAAUCGAGCGACUCCAUUUUUGUAAAACACUCAAAUAAGCUCCCCAUAACUAAAGCAAUUUUUAUUGAUAGUACGUGGAACCAAAGCAAGGGGAUUUAUAAAGACGAAAGGAUAAAGAAAAUUCCUUGUGUGGUCAUACAAAAUCGGAUUUCGCAAUUUUGGAGGCACCAAAAAGGCAGUCCCAGAUGGUACUUAGCCACUGUUGAGGCAAUCCACCAGUUUUUAAUCGAACUACAUUUACAUUGUUGGGGACUUAAUCCCAAUUACAAAGGGAUUUAUAAUUGUUUCACCGAAAUUGCUCUAAACGAAUGCGAGUCUUUGUAUAGGGAUAAUUCGAACGCUUAUAACGGACAGUACGACAAUUUGUUGUACUUUUUUAAACACAUGUAUGACUUAAUCCACGCUUAUUACGACCACGAUAAUUUGUACGCUUAUAAACGGCGAUUAAUGUGAUGGACAGACAUAAAAUAAACUAAUUGCUAGUAAUUAAUGUCGCUCUUUUUUUGCAACAAAAAAUAUAAAAAAUAUCUACAAUUUACGCAAAACAAACUAGAAAUUUUUUAAUCCAGAACAUCAGACACUUUCUUAGUCU